AUGGCCAUGUUCAACAACCUGCUCAACAUGGCCCAGCUGUUCAACAUGAAGCCCGGGCAGUUACUGCCUUCCACCUCCUCGUCGAGCGACGAUGACGCCGCUGCGCCAACCACCGUCGCCGGCCUGCGGCGGAUGAUCGAGGCGAUCGGCGUCGAGGAGUUCCCCGACUCCCUCCAAACGCUCCUCACCCGCCUCGACGACCUCCCCGACGUCUGCAUCGCCGAGUUGGCCAAGUCGGAGUGCGAGAGUUGCGCCCAAACACUCCCCAGCCUCCUCGCCCUCAAACAACACCAAGAAGAUGCUCACGACGGCCAGCUGAGUCCCGCCCACCUCGAAGCGUUCACCCAACGGCUAGCAAAGACCAUUGAGGAAUCGGCGGUGGAGGUGUCGAAUCCGGGGUCGAAUGAGAGCAGAAGCUCUUCGAGGGAUGAUACGAUGGAACCGCCGGAGAAGAUGGUAGCCCUUCAAGCAGCUGCUUCUCCCGCAAAACGAGCUCGCACGAGAAUCACCGACGAUCAGCUGAAGGUCCUCCGCCAAUACUUCGACAUCAACAACAGCCCCACCGAGGCCCAGAUCCGGGAGAUGAGCCUGAAGACGCAGCUGCCCGAGAAGGUCAUCAAGCACUGGUUCCGGAAUACGCUGUUCAAGGAACGCCAACGAGACAAGGACUCCCCGUACAACUUCUCCAUCCCGCCCCAAAUGGGCAUCGACUUGGACAUGUACGAGAAGACGGGCGAAACCCGCGUGCACCCCCUCACCCCCGAACAAAUCAACGGCUCCGGCAGCGGCCCCGCCCAAAUUUCCGCUUUCCCGACGGUACCCCACGUCGAGAAGGAGGUCAAGCAGGAGAAGCUGGAGGAGAAGAAGCCGGCCCAGCAACAACCCAUGAAUCUACAGGCCGCGCUGGGAGCUGGUGCUCCAAAUUUGGCGGCUAUUUUGGGCAGCUUGCAGCUGCGGACACUUCAACAGUUUUUCGACAAGCAGGCCUACCCCAAGGACGACGACCUGGAGCUGUUGUCCAAGAAGUUGCAGCUCUCCCCGCGGGUCAUUGUCGUGUGGUUCCAGAAUGCGAGGCAAAAGGCCCGAAAAAUCUACGAGAAUCAGCCGAACCUCGAGAACAGCGACCGCUUCGUCAGGACGCCCGGCUGCAACUUCCAGUGCAAACGGUGCAACCUCGUCUUCCAGCGAUACUACGAACUGAUCCAACAUCAACAGAAGAAGUGCUACAAGGACGAUUGUCAGGCCCAACUCCAAGACAACAAGGGCGUCGAGGGACUGCUCACCGACGCCGAGAAGGAGCAACUCGCCGGAAAUCCGGAGGCCCCGCCCCCUCUCCAAAUCUCCGGCCCUCGCCGACCCGGCCGAGCUGCUCAAGCUCCUCCAGGGCUCCGGCUCCACAGAAGCCCUCCUGAAGAUACGCCUUCAAUGUCCGAGUGCGACACACUGGGACGGGAUAUUGGCCUCCACAAGCGCGUCGUGCAGGUGUGGUUCCAAAAUGCUCGUGCGAAAGAGCGAAAAACCCGUGUGGCCAACGGCCAGGACGACGACAUCUCCAGGCCGUUCCCCACCCAGUGCAGCUACUGCAACGUCGAGUUCUCAUCCCGGGUGUCUCUCCAAGACCACGUCUUCUCCCAGCCCCAUCUGACCGUGUUGAAGUCGUUGCACCAGGGCGAUGAGACGGAGACGGCGACGAGGAGUGUCGAGGAGAAUGGAGGACGACAAAGAGCACCAAUUGUCCGGGAUUCGUCACCAAAGAAGGGAGCAGCACCGCUGAAUGCGCACGAAUUUCCGUUCAACUUGCUGAACUUUGGACUGCCGCAAGGCUCCCUCCCGAUGGUGUACGACCCGAGCGUGAUGGGCACGCCGAUUCCGCUGCUGCAGAUCCCGGAAACGGUCAUGGCCCAGAUCACCACCGACUUGAGCGAGGGCCGGAUGACGACAAAGUUCACGCAGGAUGGGCUCGCGUUUGAGGAGCUGAUCUCCGGCCUUGACGAGGAUGAUGCAAAGUGCGCGGCGCAGAAGAACAUGGAGGUCGGCUGGGCGUGCUCCCGAUGCACGAAUGUCUUCCAACAAGAAGCUCUCCUCAAAUCCCAUCAGAGGACCAUCUGCUCGCAAGCGGAGGGCCAGCUCGUGCUCGUCCAGACCCACUACGAGUGCAUCCCGUGCGGCCAGCACUUUGGCACCCAGGUCGACUUCAAGAACCACCUCCAAACCGAUGAGCAUCGCGUCGCGAAAGUUGCUGCUCUCUUCCCAACUUCUACCGUAACCACCUCCGCCUCGACGGCCAGCCCGCUGGCUUCGUUU